CCUAUUCCUCUGAAGUUCAGAUAACGCUUCUCUCUCUCUCUCUCUCUCUCUCUCUCUCUCUGUAUUCUCUGUCUCUUCGGCGGAGAAUUCAAAUCUCUAACUCUCUCUUUUUUAAUUUCUGAUAUAAACCAGCGAUGGAUAUCUUCAAUAGCUUUCUCAGCGUGAUUAUGCAUGUUUUGAUUACUGUGUUCUUGCUAUUCUAUCUCCCCAUCGCCUGGAUUUGCAGACUGACAGCAUUUGUCUUCGUUAAGCCCUUUUGCAAAGAAGAUGUUAGGGGAAAGGUGGCUCUGAUAACGGGGGCUUCUUCCGGCAUUGGAGAGGAACUGGCUUACCAAUAUGCAACUAGAGGAGCCUCUCUAGUUCUUGUAGCCAGAAGAGAGCACGCACUAAAAAAAGUUGCUAAGGCUGCAUUGGGGAAAGGCUCGCCAGAUGUAUUAGUGAUCAAAGCAGACAUCUCCAAAGAGUCAGAAUGCAAGAGAGUCAUUGAAGAAACCAUUGCCCACUUUGCCCAAUUGAAUCACCUAGUUGUUAAUGCUGGGCUUCUUUCCAGUUCUCUCUUUGAAGAGAUCACCAACAUAUCUGCUUUCAACCAAGUUAUGGAUGUAAAUUUCUGGGGUGCAGUAUAUACAACCUAUUACGCUAUUCCAUACCUGAAGAAUAGUCAAGGGAAUAUCAUUGUCACAUCUUCAGUUGCCGGACGUGUUCCCACUGCAAGAAUGAGCUUUUACAAUGCAAGCAAAGCUGCACUAAUUAGAUUCUAUGAAACACUGAGAGCAGAGUUUGGAUCAGACAUACGAAUCACCAUACUGACACCAGGAUACGUAGCUUCAGAACUUACAAAGGGGAAAUUUCUUCAAAAAGGAGGUGAAAUUGGAGUCAAUGAGGAGAUUAGAGAUGUUCAGGUUGGACUUUUCCCAGUUGGAUACACAGAUAAAUUUGCAGAGAUUGUUGUGGAAAGUGCAUGUAGAGGUGAUGAGUAUGUGACUUGGCCAUCUUGGUACCAACCUUUUCAUGCAAUCAUGUUCUUUGCUCCUGAGAUAAUCAACUGGUAUUCAAGAUCAUUCUAUCUUACUAAACCUGGCGUUGAUUCAAGUAAGGCGCUCAGUAGAAAAAUCUUGGAGGCUACAGGAGCAAAAAAGUUUUUAUAUCCAUCUUCCAUCAGAUCACCCACUGCUAAGUUGGAUUGCACAAAAUAGUUAGUCCCAUAAGCUAACUAUCCAAAAAAUUAAAGAGCUUUAGUUCAAGUGAAAUGUUCUUUGAAUUUUAGGUAGUGAUUAUAAAUUCGAGUCUUAUUUGUAAUUUUUUAAUUAAAUGUUAUAUAGUUUUAUGCGUGAAAUUUAAUUUGUAGUUGAUUGUCCUUUUAUUUGUAAUUGAUAUUAUGUUCUAAUUUUAAUUAAUACAAAAUAAAAUAUUUGGAAGAAGUUUUUAAGUA